AGCACUGGGGAUACUGGGAGACCCCCCAGGGCCACCAGCAGCACCGGGGACACUGGGGAUACUGGGAGACCCCCCAGGGACACCAGGAGCCCUGGGGACACUGGGAGAGCCCCCAGGAACCUUGGACACACUGGAGACACUGGGAGACCCCCCAGGGCCACCAGCAGCACCGAGGACACUGGGGACACUGGGAGACCCCCCAUGGACACCAGGAGCACUAGGGAUACUGGAGACACUGGGAGACCCCCCAGGGCCACCAGCAGCACCGGGGAGACGACAAGCCCUGGGGAUAUUGGGGACCCCAUGAGCGCGGGGGCCACCAGGAGCCCCCUGCCCCACCACCACCACCACCACCACCGCCCCCGCCGGACCCCCAACAUGGCACCACAGUUCCAGCCCUCCAGCUACCAGGCCUCGGUGGGGGAGAACCGUCCGGCGGGGACGGCGGUGACGCGGGUGACGGCGGUGGACCCCGACGAGGGGGAGGCGGGCCGGCUGCUCUACGCCAUGGCCGCCCUCUUCGACAGCCGCUCCGACGCCCUCUUCGCCAUGGACCCCCUCACCGGCGCCGUCACCACCGCCGCCCCCUUGGACCGGGAGAGCAAGAGCACCCACGUCUUCCGGGUGACGGCGGUGGACCACGGGACCCCCCGCCGCAGCGCCAUGGCCACCUUGACGGUGACGGUGAGCGACGCCAACGACCACGACCCGGCCUUCGAGCAGGCCGAGUACCGGGAGAGCGUGAGGGAGAACCUGGAGGUGGGCUACGAGGUGCUGACGGUGAGGGCCACCGACGGCGACGCCGGCCCCAACGCCAACGUCCUCUACCGGCUCCUCAACGCCGGGGGGCCCAACGAGGUCUUCGAGAUCGACGCCCGCUCGGGUGUUAUCCGUACCCGCGGCCCCGUGGACCGGGAGGAGGUGGAAGCCUUCGAGCUGUUGGUGGAGGCCACGGAUCAAGGCCAAGAGCCUGGACCCCGCAGCUCCACGGCCACCGUCCGCAUCGCCGUGGAGGAUGACAACGACAACGCCCCCCAGUUCAGCGAGAAGCGUUACGUGGCCCAGGUCCCCGAGGACGUGGCCCCCAACUCGGCCGUGCUGCGGGUGACGGCCACCGACCGCGACAAGGGCAGCAACGCCUUGGUCCACUACAGCAUCGUCAGCGGCAACACCCGCGGCCACUUCUAUAUCGACGCCCAGACGGGGGCCCUGGACGUGGUCACCCCCUUGGACUACGAGGUCACCAAGGAGUUCACCCUCCGCAUCCGGGCGCAGGACGGCGGCCGCCCCCCGCUCUCCAACAUCAGCGGUUUGGUCACCGUCCAAGUGUUGGACGUCAACGAUAACGCCCCCAUCUUCGUCAGCACGCCCUUCCAGGCCACCGUGCUGGAGAACGUGCCGCUGGGCUACUCCGUCAUCCACGUUCAAGCCAUCGACGCCGAUUCGGGGGACAAUGGCCGCUUGGUCUACACCCUCCUGGAGACCGGCGCCGGCUUCCCCUUCGCCAUCAACAACAGCACCGGGUGGAUCGUGGUGGCCUCCGAGCUGGACCGGGAGGCGGUGGACUUCUACAGCUUCGGGGUGGAGGCGCAGGACCAGGGCAACCCCCCCAUGGCCUCCUCGGCCAGCGUCAGCGUCACCAUCUUGGACGUCAACGACAACAGCCCCGAGUUCACGCAGCGGGAGUACGGGGCCCGCCUGAACGAGGACGCGGCGGUGGGCACCAGCGUCCUCACCGUCUCCGCCGUCGACCGCGACGCCAACAGCGUCAUCACCUACCAGAUCUCCAGCGGCAACACCCGCAACCGCUUCUCCAUCACCAGCCAGAGCGGUGGUGGCCUCAUCUCCCUCGCCUUGCCCCUGGACUACAAGCUGGAGCGGCAGUAUCUCCUCACCAUCGCCGCCUCCGACGGCACCCGCCAGGACACCGCCCAGGUGGUGGUCAACGUCACCGACGCCAACACCCACCGACCCGUCUUCCAGAGCUCCCACUACACCGUCAACGUCAACGAGGACCGGCCGGUGGGCACCACGGUGGUGGUCAUCAGCGCCACGGACGAGGACACGGGGGAGAACGCCCGCAUCACCUACCUGAUGGAGGACAGCAUCCCCCAGUUCCGCAUCGCCGCCGAGACGGGGGCCGUCACCACCCAGAUGGAGCUGGACUACGAGGACCAGGUGUCCUACACCCUGGCCAUCACGGCGCGGGACAACGGCAUCCCGCAGAAGUCCGACACCACCUACCUGGAGAUCCUGGUGAGCGACGUCAACGACAACGCGCCCCAGUUCCUCCGCGACUCCUACCAGGGCUCCGUCUACGAGGACGUGCCCGCCUUCACCAGCGUCCUCCAGGUCUCCGCCACCGACCGCGACUCGGGGCUCAACGGCAGGGUCUUCUACACCUUCCAAGGGGGUGACGAUGGUGACGGCGACUUCAUCAUCGAGUCCACCUCGGGCAUCGUCCGCACCUUGCGCCGCCUGGACCGGGAGAACGUGCCGCUCUACUCCCUGCGGGCCUUCGCCGUCGAUAAGGGGGUCCCGGCCAAGCGGACGCCGGUGGAGAUCCAAGUGACGGUGCUGGACGUCAACGACAACCCACCCGUCUUCGAGCGGGAUGAGUUCGACAUCUUUGUGGAGGAGAACAGCCCCAUCGGGCUGGUGGUGGCCCGGAUCACGGCCACCGACCCCGACGAGGGCACCAACGCCCAAAUCAUGUACCAGAUCGUGGAGGGCAACAUCCCCGAGGUCUUCCAGUUGGAUAUCUUCUCCGGCGAGCUCACCGCCUUGGCCGACCUGGACUACGAGACCAAGGCGGAGUACGUCAUGGUGGUCCAAGCCACCUCGGCCCCCUUGGUCAGCCGGGCCACCGUCCACGUCCGCCUUCGCGACGCCAACGACAACAGCCCCCAACUCAAGAACUUUGAGAUCCUCUUCAACAACUACAUCACCAACCGCUCGGGGAGUUUCCCCGGGGGGGUGAUCGGCCGCAUCCCGGCCCACGACCCCGACGUCUCCGACAGCCUCACCUACGCCUUCGAGCAGGGGAACGAGCUCAACCUGCUGCUGCUGGAUCCCCGCAGCGGGGACCUGCGCCUCAGCCCCGCCCUGGACAACAACCGCCCCCUGGAGGCCGUCAUGAAGGUCUCCGUCUCCGACGGUGUCCACAGCGCGACGGCCCAGUGCACGCUGCGGGUGACGGUGAUCACGGACGAGAUGUUGAGCAACAGCAUCACCCUACGCUUGGCCGACAUGUCCCAGGAGCGCUUCCUCUCCCCGUUGCUCAGCCGCUUCCUGGAGGGGGUGGCUGCCGUCCUGGCCACCCCCCGCCACCGCGUGGUCCUCUUCAACAUCCAGACGGACACGGACGUGGGGACGGCCCGUAUCCUCAACGUCAGCCUCUCGGUUCUGCUGCCCGGGGUGGGGGCGACGGCGACGGGGCACGGCCCCCGCUUCUUCUCCUCCGAGGAGCUCCAGGAGAGGCUCUACCUCAACCGCUCGCUCUUGGCCGCCAUCUCGGCCCAGCGGGUCCUGCCCUUCGACGACAACAUCUGCCUGAGGGAACCCUGCGAGAACUACAUGCGCUGCGUCUCCGUCCUGCAGUUCGACAGCUCGGCGCCCUUCCUCGCCUCCGACACCAUCCUCUUCCGCCCCAUCCACCCCGUCACCGGCCUGCGCUGCCGCUGUCCCCCCGGCUUCACCGGCGACUACUGCGAGACCGAGAUCGACCUCUGCUACUCCAGCCCCUGCGGCCCCAACGGCCGCUGCCGGAGCCGGGAGGGGGGUUACACCUGCGAGUGCCACGAGGACUUCACCGGGGCAGAGCCUGGCACUUGUCCCCGCGCCAGGUUUGCCACCAAGGAGCGGGACGGGCUCCUGCUCUACAACGGGCGCUUCAACGAGAAGCACGACUUCGUGGCGCUGGAGAUCGUGGGGGAGCAGGUCCAGCUCACCUUCUCGGCAG